AUGGAAACGUCAAUGUAUAAUAACCUGAGAAAACUAAUCAAUGUCAUCGACGAGCUGAGAGAUAUUGGAUUGCAAAAAUAUAUAAAUUUACCUCGAAUAUGUGUUGUGGGUACUCAAAGCAGUGGUAAGAGUAGUGUUUUAGAAUCCAUUGUUGGUAUGGAUUUCUUACCAAGAGGAGAAGGGAUUGUAACAAGGAGACCUAUUGAAUUUCGAUUAAUACAUAUAAAAGAAGAUAGUGAAAUUAAACAUUGGGCUGUAUUUGAAAAUGAGAAGAAUAAAAAGUAUACUGAUUUUAAUGAAGUGAGGGAACAAAUAAAUAGAUUAACAGAUGAAUUAGCUGGAAAAAAUAAAGGAAUAAUAGAUGAACCUAUAGUAUUAAAUAUAUAUUCUAUUAAAUGUCCAGAUCUAUCUUUAAUAGAUUUACCAGGUAUAACAAGAGUACCUUUAAAAAAUUCUGAUCAAACAGAUGAUAUAGAAAGAUUAACUAGAGAUAUGGCUCUUCGAUAUGUAAAAGAUCCAAGAACAAUUAUAUUAGCUGUCUUACCAGCAAAUGCUGAUAUGUCUACUAGUGAUGCAUUACAAAUAGCUAGAAAAGUAGAUCCUAAAGGUUUAAGAACCAUUGGUGUUAUCACAAAAAUAGAUUUAAUGGAUAAAGGUGCUGAUGCAAGUAAAAUGUUAUUAAAUGAUGAAAUAAAUUUAAGAUUAGGAUAUACUGGUGUUGUUAAUAGAUCAACUGCUGAUAUUAAAAAAGGGAAAACUAUAAGUCAAUCCUUAAAAGAUGAAUUAGAAUUUUUUCAAAAACAUCCAGUAUAUAAAAAAUUACCACCAUCUUUAUAUGGAACAAAUUCUUUAACAGAUAAAUUAACAAAAGUUUUAUUAAGACAUAUAAAAAAUUUUUUACCAGAUAUAAAAGUAGAAAUUAAUGAUAAAAUCAGAUAUAUCAAUGACAAAUUAUAUGAACUAGGAACUAAUGUACCUUUAGAUGCUACAAAAAAAACACAACUUUUAUGGUCUAUGAUUACAGAUUAUUGUGAAAUCUUUAAAAAUACAUUAAAAGGGAAAUAUGAUAAAAGAGUUCAAGUUUUUAUAGAAAAUAAUGAUAUUUUAUGUGGUCUUAAAGUACGUACUAUAUUUAAUGAAUUCUUAGAUGAAUAUGUAGGAAAAAAUGUUACAAGUGAAUUAACUGAUAAUGAUAUUGAUGAUGCUAUUUGUUUACAUGAAGGAGAUAGUUUACCAGGAUUUCCAUCACCUGAUACAUUUGAAUUCUUAAUAUUACCACAUUUAAAAAAAAUUAAUGCACCUGUUUUUAAUUGUUUAGAUAGAGUUAGUCAAACAUUAGAAAUUUUAUCUCAAAAAAUUGCUAACAGAGUAUUAAAUCGAUUUCCAAAAUUAUCUGAACAAGUUCUUGAAUUAUCUCAAACAAUAUUAAUGAGAGAAAAAGAAAAUACACAAAUAAUUUUAGAAAAUUAUAUUGAUGCAGAAACAAAUUAUUUAUUUACAAAUGAUGCUUCUUAUUUAAUUGAACAUGGUAGUAUCAUAAAUGCAGCAGAUGAUGAACAGAAUGAAAAUCAUAAUAACACAAAUAAUAAUAAUAGUAGUAGUUAUGACUAUGGAUUACAACAUAGAAAUCAAAAUAAAAGACAACAAUCAAAUAUAUCAAACUCAAAUCAAGAUACAUUACUUUCAACUAGUAGUAAAUAUUAUUCAAAUAUUAUGAGUGAUCAAGAAUAUAAUAUAACUGGAAAAGCAGCUAAAUUUGUUACCUCAGCACAAAAAUCAGUUAUGAAUAUAUGGAAUACUAAAGAAAAAAAAAAAACAAGAUACAAUGCUCAAUUUAUUCAAGAAAUCAGACGUAGACUUGAUUGCUAUUUUAAUAUUGUUUUAAGAAAUGUAAGAGAUAGCGUUCCAAAAAUGAUAGGAUAUUUCUUAAUUAGAAAAUUACAAGAAAAAAUGCAAUUCGAACUCUAUUCAGAUUUAAAUAGUGAACAAAAAUUAUAUGAUCUUCUUAAUGAACCACCAAAUGUAGUAAAAGAAAGAGAACAUCUAAAUAAUCAAUUAGAAAUAUUGAAAAAAGCAAACCAAGUAUUACUAAAAGAUCCUAAUAUUACAUCUAUAAAUCUAGACUUAUUUGAUGCAAAUUAUGAGCAAGAUCUAAUGGAUUAUCAAAAAAGUUUGAAAAAUGCAAAUCAAUAUAAUCACUCAUCCAAACACAAUCCUAACAUGUCUCAAGGAAGUAAUGCAAAUAUGAACAUGUAUCUCAAUGAGGGAUCAUCAUCAAUGAGUAAACGCAAUCCCAUGAUGCAUAAUCGAAAUAUGUCACCUAGCUCAAUGAACACCAAUAUGAUGAAACAGACAAGCAUGCUAGGACAAAAAAUGGGAAAUAGUCCAUCAUCAUAUAUGCAGCAGGGUCACAUGAAUGAAUCGAAGGGAAAACAUCUAUUUGAAAAAGAACCAAUGAAGAAAAAAGUAAAUUAUAAUCCCCUAUUUGAUUAA